ACAUCACGUCGAGAACGAAAAGGAGCUUCUCUUCUCGCGGCAAAAGACGCCGUCCCCUCAUCACGAGUCGCGCGCUGUGCCUGUGCGGUGUCACCGCUCGCCGGUCACGUACACCCGAUGCGGUGACAGGGUAACCGACGAGAUCACGGGGACACCUGUCCAUCGCCGACGGGCGACGGCCGGCAAAGCUUCGCGCCUUCGCGGGGAGUCGCCGAGCGGACAAGUAGCAGUGCACGGUAGACGCAGGGGGGCGAGCCUCUCGCUCUUUCGUCCUCGUCGACGUCGUGCGUGGCGCCUCCUUUUCAGGCCGUCCCUUUCCGCAUUUACGGCGCUCACGCUUCUCGCUCCAGUCCAGUCUCCGCCCCGGCCCCGGCGCCCCCCCUUCUUCUUAUCCCCCAAGCAAAGCCGCCCGGUCGGGGCAAACGGAAGCGAAACAGGGCCCGUCUCUCCUCCCUCCACUCCGAAGGCUGCGUCUCAUCCUCUAGCUGAGCUCAGUCUCACGAUCCAGCAGUGACUUGUCAUCGCAAGUCCAACGCCAUGGGUGAGGAUGACGACGACCAGCGGAACCAGAUGCUGGGCGCGGGCCUGGACCAUGAGCCGGAGCGGCGCCCAGGGGAGGCGGAGCCGGAGGAGGGCAAGAAACCUGCGGCCAGCGAGGCGGAGGCCGGCGGCGACGGCGCCGGCACGGAGGCGGCGACCUGCGACUACUGCGGGACCGCGGCGGCGGCGGUCUACUGCCGCGCCGACUCCGCCAGGCUGUGCCUGCCGUGCGACCGCCUCGUGCACGGCGCCAACGGGGUGUGCUCCCGCCACGCCCGCGCCCCGCUCUGCGCCGACUGCCGCGCCGCCGGGGCCGUCUUCCGCCGCGCCUCGUCCUCCGCUUUCCUCUGCUCCAACUGCGACUUCGGGAGGCACCGGGACGGCGGUGACCCGCCGCUCCAUGACCGCUGCGCCGUGCAGCCUUACUCCGGGUGCCCCCCUGCGAGCGACCUCGCGGCGCUCCUCGGGGUGCCCCUCUUCGACAAGCCGGCCACCGAAGAUGGUGGUGCCUGGUGGAACAUCUGGGAGGAGCCCCAGGUACUGAGCUUGGAGGAUCUGAUCGUGCCCACAACCCCUUGCCAUGGAUUCGAACCUCUCUUAACGCCGUCCUCGCCCAAGAACCGGAGCAUCUCGCCGGACGGCAAGAUGAACGAGGAGAUCCUUCGGCAGCUGGGUGAGCUCGCAGAGUCAGAUGGCGGUGUGCAGGCAUCAGCAGGUCGUGAGGAGGCAGAGCAAGCUGGUGGAGAUCAGUUCCCUUCCUGGGCGUCGCCACAGUAUGCCACUGGACAUGGCAAUUUUGGAACAGAGAACAACCAUGAGGUUGCAACCAUGCCUACUCCUCUUUACGAGAAUGGCAGAUGGAAUAACUGUGAUUUGGAUGCCCUAAAUGAUGCAUGCAAGGUCGAGGUCGCAUAUGAUCAGGUUCCAGUCAGCUCAGCUGAACCGUGCUUGUCAUCAUUUGCCCCAUUGUCGGAAAUCUGCCCCAGCAUUAGCAAUGGUAAUAGUAUGGAAGAUAACCACCAGGUUAAUCCUGGCAUUGGCAUGCCCAUGCAAGGUCUACCCAAAAGGACUGGCUUUGAUGUUGUGCCUUGCCCUGAUCGUGACUCGGUCAUUUCGCGCUAUAAAGCGAAGAGGAAGACAAGAAGAUUCGACAGGCAGGUCCGGUAUGAGUCACGCAAAGUUCGUGCUGAUGGCAGGCUCAGGAUCAAGGGGCGUUUUGCAAAGGCAAACCAGACAUGAACCUGAAUUUGCAAUAUGCUAAGCAUCUUCCGGCACGAAGAAGAAAAUUGAUUAGGGGCGAUUGCGUGAUUAUAAUGCAUAAAUGUGCCAGAAUUUUGUUUGCGUUCAGUUCAAUAGCUGAUAACCAUAGCUUCAUAUACAGUGGAAUGAUGUGUGUGUAUUGCAGUUAUGUGACUAGUGGCUACACUACUUUGAGAGAUCAAACACCUGUAUAUAGUAUGUGACUUUGACGUGCUGGAGAUAAUAUAAUAGUACCGUUAUGUUUGGUUUGGCUUA